AUGCUCCCCGUCUCUUUCCCACUCACUCCUAACGAUGUCGAACAAGACUUCGAGGACAAUCUUCGAAAGCCACUAAACCACCUGCUCCGACAACACCAGAUGUCCUGCAAAAUCAGCACAAUCCAAAGUCAUCGUCCACCCGCCGAGGAACACCACUAUGUCUUGAUUUACGCACGGUGGUCUCCCGGGUGCCAGGACACCUGGAUCAAAAUUGCCGACCUCGUCCUCCUCAAGCUCAAACAACUUGGCCGCAAAUCGCUGAAGGUGCUUCUGACAGACAGACGCGGUCUGGUUUCCCCCUUCACUGAUCCCAUCGCGCCAGACGAUUCCCUCCUUCCAGACUGGCCUACAAUGGCUCACAAAAUCCUCGAUGCCGUCGCUCCCAAUACCACCUGGCUGUCUCUUGACCUCCUAUGGCGUUGGAAAGAAUGGCCAAAGUACGAUAUAUGGCGUGGAUCAUGGAAGGAAGAGAACUAUGAAUCAGAGCCCAAGAAAGUCAAGGUUGUCCUUGUCAUUCAGUGGGAGAGUCAAGAGGCUUGGAACAGUGCCAUCAGCAGGGUCGAAGCUGUCAUUGCGAACAAUCCCAUUUACAAAUCUAGGGGAGUCGAACUGGAACUAGUUCGAGGAGGGCUUUUUGGUCUUACUUUAAUCAGAAAGCCGAGCUUUCAGCCUGCGCCUGUCACUCAUUUGGAAGAAUGGUGGAAUGAAGUACCAUAUAUGGGAGCGAGCAUCGGUCCAGAGAGCGGGAUAGGAUCAGGAUCAUACGGCUGCACAAUCACACUUGACGACCGUCCGUACGGGAUCACCGCUUGCCACGUGGUACUUCCAACCUCCGAUGAUAGAUAUACCUACGCGGACCCGGAAGCUCAGCGACAUAUCGAUCCUCGUCACAUUCCUUUACUGGAAACUGGAGCUACGCUAGGCGAUAUCCCUGGACAACUCCCGGUAAGAAUGCCAUCAAAGCAAGACCUAGAAGACACCGAGCGAUACUAUCGCGACAAGAUCGCAGAAGGAAAAGAACUUCUGGCGGGCAAGUUGGAAUUCGUCCAGUCAAUAGUAGAGGCUGGCAUCGAAGACCAAUGUUCUCGCAGGAAUUUGGCAGAACUCAAAGAGUGCAAAGAGGAACUUCGCAAAUAUGAAGAACUGAAAGCCAAGGCCAGCGAAGGUUUGACCCAGACUGGAGGAUUCAGUGCUCUUGGAGAGGCGACUGCAUUUUCAGGAUUCCGCAAAGAUGACGAGUCAGGGAUGAUCCUGGAUUGGGCAUUGAUACCGCUAUCAGACUCUAAGGCGCCAAAAGAAAACAAGAUGCCCAAAUCGCUGGGCACAAAGGGGUUCCCCUCACCACCCAGAUCUCGAAAGUUGACGGAGUUUGUAGAUCCCAGACUUUACGAGCAUGUCUACAAAAGAGGAAGAUCAUCCGGACUGACAGAUGGAUAUAUCAACAGUGCCAAAUCAGUGCUACACGGCCUGUAUACUAGGGUCUGGCCGAAAGAAUACGACGACGAGAAGAAGAAGGUUACUCUGAGCCGACCAUGGGCUGUGGGUAUAGUACCUUCAUUGUGGCUGCAGCCCACGGCGCAGUUCGUCUUUGGCAUGCCUGGCGAUUCAGGUGCGGCGAUUUUCAACGAGAAAGGAGAAGUAAAAGGAAUAUUGGUGGCAGGCUGCCAAGGGGAUACUAAAAUGGUUUACAUGAUGCCAGUGUCAGAAAUGAUCAAGGACAUCAAAGCCAAGACAGGGGCCACGAAGGUUGGGCUACCACAGGGAAAGAGACAGGAUUGA